ACGCGCACGCCGAGGCGGCACCGAGCAGCUCAAGCAGGAGGGGACGGCGGGUGGGUGUGUAGGUAGAGAGAUAGGUAAGGGAGAGCCGACUGGGUCCCGCUUGUGUCUUCAUCGUUAUGGCCGGCUCGGAGCAGCCGCCGCCGCGGCGGGAGGACGGGGAAGAGCCCCUGCCCAUCGAGGACGCGGAGCUGGCGCUGGCCGGCAUCAAUAUGCUGCUGAACAACGGCUUCCGCGAGUCCGACCAGCUCUUCAAGAAAUACAGAAACCAUAGCCCAUUAAUGAGUUUUGGAGCUAGUUUUGUCAGUUUUUUGAAUGCCAUGAUGACAUUUGAAGAAGAGAAAAUGCAGCUGGCAUGUGAUGACUUGAAGGCUACAGAGAAACUUUGUGAAAGUGAAGAAGCUGGAGUUAUAGAAACAAUCAAGAAUAAAAUUAAAAAGAAUGUUGAUGGACGAAAAUCCACUAUAUCCAUGAUAGAUCGUCUACAAAGACAAAUAAUUGUAGCAGACUGUCAAGUCUACUUGGCUGUGCUCUCAUUUGUAAAGCAAGAGUUAUCAGCAUACAUAAAAGGUGGGUGGAUACUGCGAAAAGCCUGGAAAAUAUACAAUAAAUGCUAUACGGACAUUAAUACACUUCAGGAAAUAUAUCAGAAGAAAACAACUCAGGAAUCCUUGACUUCUGAUGCUGCAAAUGAUAAUCAUAUUGCUGCAGAAGGUGUAACGGAGGAUUCGCUAAACAGACUGAAAGGUGCUGUUAGCUUUGGAUAUGGACUUUUUCAUCUUUGCAUAUCCAUGGUGCCCCCAAACCUGCUCAAAAUCAUCAACCUGCUGGGUUUUCCUGGAGACCGCCUACAGGGGCUUUCUUCACUGAUGUAUGCAAGUGAAAGUAAGGACAUGAAGGCCCCUUUAGCUACAUUGGCUCUGUUGUGGUACCACACAGUUGUUCGUCCCUUUUUUGCCCUUGAUGGCAGCGAUAACAAGGCAGGACUGAAAGAGGCAAAAGAAAUCCUUGCAAAAAAAGAAUCUGCUUAUCCAAAUUCUUCUCUGUUCAUGUUCUUCAAGGGAAGGAUACAGCGAUUAGAGUGUCAAAUCAAUAGUGCCUUGACCUCAUUUCAUACUGCUUUGGAACUUGCAACAGACCAAAGGGAGAUUCAACAUGUCUGCUUAUAUGAAAUCGGUUGGUGCAGCAUGAUAGAGAUGAAUUUCAAAGAUGCAUUUGAAUCCUUUGAAAGGCUUAAAAAUGAGUCCAGGUGGUCCCAAUGCUACUAUGCUUAUUUAACAGCAGUGUGUCAAGGAGCCACUGGUGAUGUCAAUGGUGCUCAGAAUGUGUUUAAGGAAGUUCAGAAGCUUUUCAAAAGAAAAAACAAUCAGAUUGAACAAUUCUCAGUGAAAAAGGCAGAUAGAUUUAGGAAACAAAUGCCAACCAAAGAGCUCUGUGUCCUGGCAUCCAUUGAAGUACUGUACUUGUGGAAAGCCCUUCCAAACUGUUCCCUGUCGAACUUACAGCAUAUGAGCCAAGCUUGUCAGGAUGUUGAUGAUUCAUCGGCAGUUGGUUUGAGGAAUUUGCUUCUUGGUGCCAUACACAAAUGCUUAGGAAAUUCUGAAGAUGCUGUUCAGUUCUUCCAGCGAGCUGCUAAAGAUGAACUGUGCCGUCAGAACAACUUGUAUGUCCAGCCAUAUGCUUGCUAUGAACUUGGCUGUCUUCUAUUAGACAAUCCAGAGACUGUGCCAAGAGGCAAAACCUUACUUCUCCAAGCCAAGGAGGAGUUUAGUGGCUAUGACUUUGAGAACAGAUUGCACGUCCGCAUCCACGCAGCCUUAGCCUCUCUAAGGGAAGUAGUUCCACAGUGACGGACGGGAAGUCUCGCUAUCCUUUCCCACAGUUUCUGCACUUUAAGAUGAAGCAGAAGAACAAGCUGUUGGGAAGACCAGCUUUUCUUCUGAAAACCACUUGUGCCAGAGACACUUUCCUAGUAUGGUCAGAGUUGGUAUGGCUUAGUAAAAUGUUACAACUUUAAGUAGAAGGAAAUCAACCUGGAAGAAGGUGAAGUGACCUUGUGUUUUUAACUCUUCAGUUUUUAUUUUGUUUAAACCAAACUGAACACAAUUGCUUGUAACUCUGUGGGUGAACCUAAAUAAGCACACGUGAUUUACUUCAACAGUAUUUUAAAAUAGAUCUAGAUCUAAAAUAUGCCAAAGGGAGCACUUCUGUUUUCAUUAGAAUAAUACAAGAGAAGUAAUUGGUGUAAAAGUUAAAGUUGGGAGUGGUCAGAACACUUUUUUUCUUCAAGCAUUAGCCAGUGCACAAGGGGGGGAGGAAAACUAUUUGGCCACAAAAAGCAGAUUUUACUAAAUUUUAGUGGCUUGUGUCAGUGACUUCAUGAUGACUAGUGUGUGACUUUUAACCCUCACAUUCCCUUUUGAUUCUUUCCCUCCCAACCCAGCUGCUGCUUGUGAUAUAAAUUAUGUCAGUAUUUAGGAUCUCUGCUUCUGGUAUGUUCCAGGCAAAUGUUUCCUUCGUUUGACAUGCUAUUACGGUGUGGGCAGCUCUUGUUUCUGCUCUCAGUAUUUUGAAUAUUAUGCUAAAAUGCAUAGGCCAGAUAACAGUAAUUUUACGUGUUUUUUCAUCCAAUCUGCUGAAUCUUUAUAGCAGUGACCUUUAAAGAUACUAAAAAACCCCAACCAACCAAAACUCAGAACCAAAAAUCUACUUUGGUGUUUAUACCAACACUAUGACAUCCCCCAGUCCCUAUCUGGUGUUCCAAGCCUGUGGCAUUAAAAUACCUCAGAGAGCUUAAAACUUUUAUCCUUGCCAUAGAAUUUUUAAUACUUGGCCAUCUGUGUGCUCGUCUGUAGCUUUUUUUUAAACCUUUGUCUGUCUCUUUGUGUUUUAUAUUCAGUUAGUAUGGUAUUCGAGGAAGGUAAAUAUUUUUUGAAGCUGGUGAACGGAAAUGUGACCAGAAAGUUGGCUGAGUUUUGUUACUUUGCAAAGCUAAGAAAACUGGAUACCCUUUGGAAAUAGUUGUCCAAAAGCCUUAUCUUUACUUUGGUCAAAUUGCCUUAAACAGUUCCCUUAGCUUAAACAUUUCUUUUUCCUUACUGUUUUGUAGAAUACGUUGCCAAAGUUUUCGACCUUGCCCACACCUAACCUUCAUUGAUUUGCUUUUGAGGUUCCAUCUAAAGCAAGACUGAUAUGGAGGAGAAAAGUUAUAUCCUACUCGGUAGGCCAGAUGAAGAGGUUGAGACACUUUUCUUUCUGUCUAGAAAUACACAGUUCCUGCUAGGAAAGGCAUUCCUAGAGCAGUUAAACACUUCUGUUGCAGUUCCUGAAGGAGAGGAGAGACUCUUUAGCUCUUAAAAAAGCGGUUUUAUUUUUUUAUGAUCUAGGUGAGUUACAGAUAGUACACUGGGGUUUUUUUUAUUCAGCUUUGACAGUAAUAAUUGAGUCAUAAAUGAGCGUUCGGCUGUAUUUGGUCAAUCCAAACAAGUAUUGACUUGAAAACAAUCUAUUGUAUAUAUAAUGACUACUUAACACUCAAACAAUUAUUUUUAAAAUGGACUUUAAUGUACUUGAAACCUUACUUUGUCCUAUCUGACUUUUAAUGUUUUGCAAUCGGAGGCACAGUCCGUGCUGGGUAAAUAGCUAGAAACAGUACAGUUACUGACAAAACUCCUUUUAAAUACACUGCUUAACGUGAGACUAGGCUGUUGAGGACACAAAGCACCUGCAUGCCAUUUGUGUUGGGAUAUCUAGGGUCUGCAUACUUGGAGGUAGCUAGCAAAUUGUAGUUAAUUUACUGAAAGGCCUGUUGUUCUCAGCAGGCCGGGAGCUGGGUAUGGAAAGACACUAUAUAUUCAUAUAACAGUUUAACUCUGUGCAAAUUGCAGCUUUUCUGUGGAUUUAGCAAGGCAUCACUGGAAUAGAACUAUCUGUUUCUGGUUCGGGUUUUCCUUUUGUUUUCCUCCCUUCGUAAGAGAAUCCUCCUACGUUGUGAAUGUCACAGUUACUUCUCAUGUUAGAUUGUGCCUGUGAUGAGAAAAAGAUCAACUGUUAUUUUGUGUAAACCGGUAAGUUUUUAUACUUUGGAACUCGGAGGCAUGGUCUAAUAGCAAUAAUGGAAUAUGCAUCUUGCUAGCUAAUAUGUUCAGACUAUCUUUUCUGGGUCAGGUAUUUUUGUUGAUGUUGAUGCAAUUUUUAUCUCAGUAUGACUCAUUUCAAGUAAACAACUAGCAUUUUUAGAUGUCACGAGGUGGCAUAUUUAUUGUGAUGUACUGUAAAUGUUGUUAAUUUACAGGACUUGCACUUUUAUAUUUCUGAGUCAAAAAGAAAUGUGGACAUGAGUUUUGUUCCCUUGCUCCUCAAAUUUGUCCAUUAAUUGGUGGCCUCCUGAACAAGAUUGAUAUCAAGUAUUGGGAAAACUUCUGCGACACCGAGUGACUCUGUAACGAAGUUUUCUAAUCAGCAGUUACCUCAGCUUUUGUUCUUCCAGUAUAAUUGUAGUCUCCUGGUUUGGAAAAGUGAGUUACAUGUGUCAUGUUGAGAUCAGCCGUAGAGUGGACGAGGUUUAAGGUGCAUUCUUAAGACAUCAGAUUUACUUGUUCUUCAUUAAAGAAAAAGAACCAGACACAAUUGUAUUUGUUGUAUUCCCACACCUCUGAAAAAUGUUUCUCAUUUACUUUAAAGCGAGCACUUUAAUUUCUUCUCUCUCUGACUUUGAAUGCUUGUUUCAUAUUCUA